AUGAACGGGAUUCAUCAGAAUGGGAAAAAUCGCAGUUUUGAGAAAACUUUUCCAGGAUGCUUGGGAAGAAUGGUGAACUUAUUUGACCUGAAUGGUGCGGUGGCUGGAAACAGGCUGCUCACUGAUAAACCACAUCGAGAUGGUUCACCACUCUCAAGAAGCCAAGCAGAUGAAGCAUCGAUGACUCCAUCUAAUUACCAAAUAGAGGACAAAGAGAUUGUGCCUGAAAUCUACAGAACUGGUUCAAACAGAAAAUCAAAUACAACGCCCAUAAAGAUGCUCAUUGCCCAAGAAAUGUCCAAAGAAGUAGAUUCCAAACACGGUCCGCCUAAUGUUGUUGCUAAGUUGAUGGGUCUUGAUGCCCUUCCACGCCAGGAACCUGAUUCAGCUGCACAACAAAGCCAUUUUAGAGGUCAUCCUCGAAGUCAUUCAGAUAUACCAGUGAGUUACUGGGAGCAACAGAAUGGAUUCUUUGAAUAUAUAGAGCCAAAUGAAUGCAGUGAUGUUUAUGAAAUACGGAGGAAAUCCCAGAAAACUAGUUAUUUGCGGGAUAAAUCACCCCAAAAAGGAAAGUAUAAUGAAACUUCAAAUGACAAGAAGAUGGCUCUCGUUCGCCAGAAGUUUGUUGAAGCAAAACGCCUGUCUAUGGAUGAAAAACUCCGCCAGUCAAAGCAAUUCCGAGAUGCCUUAGAAGUUUUGAAUUCCAAUAAAGACUUAUUUCUUAGGUGUCUGCAAGAACCAAAUUCAAUGUUUUCACAGAAUCUUUACAAUCUGCAGUCUAUCCCACCUUCUGAGACAAAGCGAAUUACCAUUCUUAGACCUUCAAAGAUGGCAGACAGUAGCAACUUUGCUGCAGUUGGGAAUAAAGAUGGAAAACAGGUGAAGAAAGGUGCAUAUGUGGGACAGUUGAAUGAAUUGGAAAAAAGCCAUCUGGGAUGUUCCCCACCAUCGGGACAGAAGAUUAACGAAACUCCCACUCAACCAACUCGAAUAGUAGUUCUGAAGCCAAGCUCAGUGAGAUCGCAAGAUAUAAAAGCUUUUGAUUCUCCACAAUUGGAAUCACCAAGGAUAUUACAUGGUGAAGACUUUUUUGGGGAUGUAGAAGAUGACGAGAAACAAGAAUCAAAAGAAGUCGCAAAAGCAAUCACUCAGAAGAUGCGUGAAAUGUGCUACAGAGAUGAAACCUUGCCUUCUUCUGUGUUCUCCAAUGGAUAUGUCGGCGAUGAAAGUUCAUUUAAUAAAUCGGAAAUUGAAUAUGCAGACGGUAAUCUCAGUGAUUCAGAAGUCAUAUCACCUGUAUCUAGGCACUCUUGGGAUUAUGUUAAUAGGUUUGGUAGCCCUUACUCGUCCUCAUUUAGCCAUGUAUCAUAUUCUCCAGAGUCAUCAGUUUGUAGGGAAGCAAAGAGGCGUCUCUCUGAAAGAUGGGCAAUGAUGACAUCUAACGGUAGCUUUCAAGAACAAAGACCUGUGCGGAGAAGCUCAAGCACAUUGGGUGAAAUGCUUGCUCUUUCUGAGACAAAGAAGGCUGGAACGUCAAAAGAACUAGGUAGUACUAGUGAAGAACCUAGGAAUUCUGAUUCUCUCUUUGUUAGUGAGCAAACAAAGGAUGAAAAUCUUGAUAAUUCUCCUAGGAAUCUCUCAAGGUCAAAAUCUGUCCCUGUAUAUUCUGCCGAGUUUGGCACCAGGCUCAAUGUAGACAUUCCAGAUCCAGAUGGAGGCAAACCAGAGGUUUUCAAGGAAGCCACAAAGACAAGAAGUGGAAAAUCAUCAUUCAAAGUGAAGGUUUCAAGUUUGUUUUUCUCAAGAAACAACAAACCUAGUAAAUAUAAAUCUGAAUGCAAAGAUGAAUCUCGCUCCUCAGGAAUACAUCCUGGGCAAGUAGGCAAAGAUAGAGGUGAACGACUUAGUGAUGAAGGGCCUGAACGUCUGUCGCCUGUUGAGCAGGAUCCAUCAAUUAAAGCAGCUUGCCCAAAUUUAAUUGGCCAGCAGGGCAUGACAUCUCCUGAGAGUGGACUCUCUGUGACAAAACCUGUUGCACGUGUAAACCCAAAUGAGAACCAGGACCAUCCUAGUCCAAUAUCAGUCCUAGAUCCAAAUUUUGAAGAAGAUGAACAUACAGCGCUGGGGUCCUCACGUUUUAUCAAGCCUGGCUGUCAUGGACUUGAGUUGCCAUUUCGUCCUUUUAGAUCAAAUUUGAUUGAUAAAUCACCACCGAUAGGAUCUAUUGCCUGGACUCUACCGUCUAAUGAUUUGGUUAUGGAUACAACAUCUUCAUAUCCCUUAAAACCAUCCUUACCCUCCCCUGGAGCAGAGGAAGAAGAAUGGUUUUUCUUGGUUCAGACACUAUUCUCAGUGGCUGGACUUGAUGUUGAGGAGCAACCUGACUCAUUUUUGGCUAGAUGGCACUCACCAGAGAGCCCAUUGAACCCAUCAUUAAGAGACAAGUACAUAGAUUUAAAUGAGAAAGAGACACUACAUGAGGCUGAGCGAAGGCGAAAGAGAUCGACCCGUAAACUUGUGUUUGAUUGUGUGAACGCAGCAUUAGUGGACAUUGUAGGAUAUGGAUCGGCUUCAUGCCAAAGAGCCAUUCCGUGCAUUGGGGCCAGUAGUAGCUCAUUGGAGAAUGGAUCAUUGAUGAUGGUGGACCAGGUGUGGGCCAGGAUGAAAAUAUGGUUUUCUGGUGACUCCAGAUAUGUUUUGGUCGAUUGUGGGGACGACGACAGCUUGGUGGUUGAGUAUGUGGUAAGAAAGGAGGUGGUGGGAAAGGGUUGGACUGAUCAUUUGAGACUGGAGAUUGAUAAUUUAGGAAAGGAAAUUGAAGGGAAGUUGCUAGAAGAGCUUGUGGAAGAUGCUGUGAUUGAAUUGACGGGUAGACUUUGA